AUGGUUUCUGUUUGCAGUUUGGUUAUUGAUCAACCACCAAGAAUCUCGAUUCCAGAGCCUUUUGUGUUCUUUUCUCCAAGACCUGUUACUGAACUUGUUGUUGCGACUAAGCUCCAGAUGGUGUAAAAGAGUUAUUGGACAAGGAGGAACCUUGCAGAUUGUGUUGUAGUCGUUGAAAAGCUCUGGUGGAAAGCCUUGGAUUCCGCAGCUUUAAAGCAGAGCUCUAUAUCAUUUUUUGAUGUCAAUAAACAUGAAGCUGCCGUGUCGAGGUGGUCACGUGCAAGAAAAAGGGCUGCUAAGGUGGGCAAAGGUUUGUUGAAGGACGAGAAGGCUCAAAAACUAGCUCUGCAACAUUGGCUGGAAGCGAUUGACCCACGUCAUCGUUAUGCACACAACUUAUAGUUCUACUAUGAUGUAUGGUCCAACAGCAAAAGUACCCAACCAUUCUUCUAUUGGUUGGAUGUGAGUGAUGAGAAAGAAUUAAAUCUUGAGAGUUGCAAGAGAACUGAUUUGCAACGUCAAUGCACCAAGUAUUUAGGACCUAACGAAAGGGAAGCCUACGAAGUAGUUGUGGAGGAUGGCAAGUUGGUGUAUAAGCAAAGCGGAAUGCCCCUGAAUACAACAGCACGAUCGAAGUGGAUUUUCGUUCUUAGUACUUCAAGAGUUCUUUAUGUUGGAAAGAAAAAGAAGGGUGUUUUCCAACACUCUAGUUUCCUAUCUGGUGGUGCUACUACAGCAGCUGGUAGAUUGUUUAUUUCAUUCUCUUUUGUUUCAUUUCAUUAACUUCAGUCUCAUUUUGCGCUGCAGGCAAUUUGGCCAUACAUCGGUCACUAUCUUCCAACAGAAGAUAAUUUCAAGAAAUUCAUCAAUUUCCUUGAGGAACACCAUGUAGAUGAUACUAAUGUAGUGCAAAUUUCGCACCAGUACUACUGAUGCUAAUAGGCAAAUCAUUAACUUUUUACCUACAGAAAUGUGCAAUAGACGAUGAUAGACUUUUAUCGGAGUCUAACAAAGACAUGGAGAAAACCUUAUCGCAAAAUUGUGAUACAGAUAAAGCUAAGGACGAUGGUCCGGUCAGUGAUGUGUUGAAAAUAACUGCUCAUGAAGAAAACUUUAUACAUACCAGCAAAAACAAGAUAGAAGAACCAGUUUUUGACUUGACCAAACGUUUGUCUUGCAAGUGGACAAGUGGCGUUGCUUCCGGUAUUGGUUGUGUUAGCAACUAUCCUAUAGAUCUUCAAUCUCAGGACCUUGAAAUAGUCAAUCUAUCUCCAAGAUUUCACUUGUCUCAGCCCAAGAACUGUUAUCCAAUCCCUUCACCACGUCCGAGCCCAAAAAUUCGUGUAUCUCCUAAGCUUGUAUACAUGGGACUUCCAAGCCCAAGAGUUUCUGUUACUACCUUGUGAAUUCACAGGAAAAAGGUGAAUGAUUUAUUCACUAAUUUUGUUGA